CAAAUAUUGAAAACACCUUGAUACAACUCAGUCUUAAUGCUAGGACAUAACAAGAAACUCGCGAUUUGUCAAAAGCUGUAUACUUGUAAAUAAGCAUUAAAUGAUGAAAAAGGAAUCGUUACUAAUAAAAAAAUAUAUCCGCUUUCACAUGCACACGAGCUGAAUUAAUAAAACCUGGCCAAAUUUUAUGUAAUUAUUUUAUUAUAAUUAUAAGUUCCUACUCGUUAAGAAAUGAUCAGCCUUGUCAUUAUAUUUUUUUAAUCGAGAAUAGAGUAUUGGGCAAUAUUUUCCAAAAAGUGAAAAUUUAUCAGUAGCAUCGUUUUUCAAGAUACUAAUGCUCCUAAGAACAAAUCAUGAUAGAAUAAUUUAUAGAAAAUUGAAUUAGCUUCAAUUGGAUUCCAAAAUGGUGCCUGUAGACCUCAUAGUUUCCUCAAAAAACGAAAAAAUAGUAAAACGUCGGAUUUUGGUAAAAUGAUGAGAACAUUGUACUAAAUAUUGGCAUGUAAUUUUUUAAAAAAACGUACAAAUAAACAUACACUAAAUAAGUAAUCGUAAACAUAAAAUAAACAACGUUUUAAAUGUAAAAUAUGACUUCAAAUGCUUCAAAUAAACGUACGUACGUACAUACAUAAUCCACAGGUGGCAUAAAAUUUAGAGGGAAUAAAGGUGUUACUUAUUCAUGUCGUACGCCACUGGCAAAGUUUAUUUGACUGAUUGUUUUGCUGAUAGGUGUAUCUUAUGACACCUAAAAUAUUUACAUAAUUUAGUAAAAUUAUACAAAGAAAUAAAAAAAUUAUGGCCAUUAAUAAUUUUUAAAUUAUCAGCUUUAACACUCUGUAUUUUGUAAAACAGAUAUAUUUUAACCAAACAUGUUUCGUUUAAUCGUCUUAUUUUUAAUCAGAUAAUCUUCAGUUGUUCUGUGUCCCAUUCUUAAUGAGACACCCUGUAUAAAUCUUGGAGGACCUACCAUGAGGUCCAAAAAUAGUUGGGGAUCGAUUAAAACCCUUGCAACUGGGGAUGGGCCACCAGUGAACAAGGUCUCAUGCCCGUUACAAUGUGUGAGGAGCCCGCUCCUAAGAUCCUGCUUAGAAUGGUGGCUUACAAGAAAGGGUACUUAAGGUCGUGCACCUUCAGAAAGGAAGAGCUCAAGUGCACUAUCCUAUGUUCCUUUUACCAAGGGCGAAGUUGUAAGAAUGUCGCCCCUAUUGUCCUAGAUGAGGAGGACGAGGAUGUGGAUGACCCAACACCAUAUGACGACCCGCCUCCACCUCCAGAAAAUAUCGUCCCUCCUCUCCUUCUCUGUCGCACUGAUCUAGACUGGAUGAAACCCAGCUCUUCCAAAAGCGCGACGUUCUGAACUUCUAGUGUUUGUGCUCGACUGUUUAAUAGUAUUUUAUAAUUUACAUUUAUGUUUACAUAUGUUUAGGGUAUGUUUGUUUAAAGCAAUAUGUUACAUCUAAAAUGUUAAAUUCACAUUC